GCCCUUUAACGCUUUAUUAUAUAUUUAUUUAUUUAUUUAUAUUUAUGCUCGCAUCCUGCUUCUUCGCUCUCUCUCUCUCUCUCUCUCUCUUUGGGCUUGAGCUGGGAGCCUCAUGGGCUCCUCCUACAGCAGCAGCGGCGGCGGCGGUGGCGGCGGCUGCUACAUUGCCCGCAGAGACGGCCGGAACCGGCGAAGGGGCGGCAGCUCUGACGGGAUAAUUCCUUGCAAGAAAAUGGUGUCCAGUCUUGCCGCGUUGCGGCGGAGAGGGAGGCGCCAGACGGGCGGGAGUGACGACGGCCGCGGACGCUGCGACGCCGAGAACAGGUCGUGGCUGCUCGCCGACGCCGCGGCGGGGGACGGGGCCGCCGAGCUGCAUUCCGUGCACUCCUCCUUCCGCCUCAGCUUCCGCGGCUCGCCCCCGCCCCCCGCGGCUGUGGAGGCUGCGGGCGGCGCCGCCGCCGCCGCCGGUGUCGCCUCGGCGGUGCUGCUGCUCGUCAGUCUGGAGGAUGAUGAUGACAGGCAGGGGGCCGCUGCCCCGCCUCCGUCUGCGCCGGAGGCUCUGCAGUGGCAGAGAUUGGAUUUUCUCGAGAGGAGCAUCUCUCCGAUCGCCUCGCGGGCGGUGCGGUUCAGCUACGCCGAGAUACAUUCCGCCACUCAUGGCCUCUCUGCAGGGAGGGAGCUGGGCAGGGGCCCACUGAGCAGAGUGUACAGGGGGAGGGUCGGAGUGCGGAGGAGGGCGGUGGCGAUAAAGAGGGUGGAGGGGGAGGGCAGGGAGAGCACCAAGGCUUUCUGCCGGGAGCUGAUGAUCGCGAGCUCCCUCUGCAACCCCAAUAUCGUCCCCCUGAUCGGCUUCUGCAUCGAUAAGGCCGGCCUCUUUCUUGUUUACAAGUUCGUUUCCGGCGGUAGCCUCGAUCGCCAUCUCCACCACUCUCGGAAAGUGUUGCCUUGGACGGCGAGGUACAAGGUGGCGGUGGGGGCGGCGCGGGCUGUGGAGUACCUGCACUACGGCACCGAAAAGUGCGUGAUCCACCGAGACAUCAAGUCCUCCAACAUUCUCCUCUCCUCCAAGAAAAGCCCCAAACUAUGUGAUUUUGGAUUCGCUACAUGGGCUCGUGGGACUUCUCUGCCUUUCCUUUGCAAGUCUGUCAAAGGAACAUUUGGCUAUCUGGCUCCUGAGUAUUUCCAACAUGGGAAACUGUCGGAUAAAACUGAUGUUUAUGCAUUUGGGGUGGUUCUGUUGGAACUAAUUACUGGGAGAAAGGCAAUUGAUCAGAGCAGGCCUCAAGGAGAUGAAAACUUGGUCUUAUGGGCUAGGCCGCUUUUGCAGCAAGGCGAAGGAGCCAUGGAGAAAUUGCUUGACCCAAGGAUAAAGCUCGACUCAAAUUCAUCAAAUGAGAUGAGUCGGAUGGUUCAUGCGGCCACUGCUUGCUUAAGCUGUGAGGAUUCCGGAAGACCAAGCAUUGAUCAAGUGAUUGCAAUAUUGCAAGGUCAAGGCAAUUGUGGUGGCGACUGGCCCAUCUUUAUGGGCCAUGGUUGCUUUGUUGGAUAUGGUAGUACUAGGCUGCACGGUCUACUGGAGAUGUCUGAUGUGAAAAGUCACUUAGCCCUUGCUAUGCUGGGGGUUUCUGACUCAGAAGAUGAUGAUAUAUACAGCCGAUGAAUUCAUUUCGCGAAUCGCCAUCGCACUAAUAUUGAGGAACUCCCUCAUUUCCGUGUUAGUCUUGAUUGUAUCUCAGUGAAAAACAAUUGAUGUGUAUACAUGUAAUAUACAGCUUUUUUUUUGUGAAAAAUGUGGACUUCUAUGCAAGCCUUUCUUUUUGAAUGAUCAUUUUGAUAGUUUCUAUAUAUUAUGUUCUCCUAAGUAUAAUGGAAAAUGUUGUAAAGUAUUCAGUUUGUCUUUUAA